AUGACGGACAGCAAUAUUAUGUUGACAAUAUUCUUGAUAACGUCUGUGUUGGCCGUUUCCAGCCAAUCGAAUUUUCAGUCGCAGCUAUGGGUUACGAAAAUUUUGUCCGAUGCUUUGGACGAAUACACGCCUGAUGGAGGGAUAGUGUGCAAACGUCAUGGACUGGAGUAUCGAAAAGGGUUGAGAGACCUUAAACUGUGGGCGACUCAAAUGUAUGACGCGUCAUCUAAAUUUCCUACGGGGAUCUUAGCUGGGAGAUCUUUUGACUUUGGAAAUUUUGACGAAUGUUUAAAGACUGUGACUACUGGUUUGGAAUUAAGUCCUCAAUAUUGUAUUAUCAGCAUUCGUUUUUUACCUACUGCGAAAUUGUAUCCGAAUUAUAACAACAUAACACCUUCUAAUCUAAAUCCAACAGACUCUGUGUGGGAAUCUACUAAGAAUGAUACUGGUUUGAUGAAAAUGCAACGCAACGAAAUCAAUACAGCACUCUGUGUACCUUCGUCAUGUUCAGAUUCAGAUAUACAGACAACAUUAUCACCUAAAAUAAUUUCUGCAUUUCAUAAACAUCAACUUACGACCACUGUUACUGUGAAUUCAAUUUAUUGUACUACUCAACAGGAACUCCAACCACCAAAGUUAUUGGGAUAUCGAAUAUUUUGGGGAGUCCUGUUACUUAUUAUAUUAUUGACUAUCAUCGGAUCACUAUGCGACAUAUACAAAGUGGAAGAAAAUCAAUAUGAUUACAAAUCAUUUUUUAUGGCAUUCUCAUUUCCGGCUAACAUAAAACGGUUAUUUUUGGCCAGCAAUAAAACCGAAAAUCUAUCUUGUAUUGACAUUUUAAAGACUCAUGCAUGCAUUCUAAUCAUAGCUGGACAAAGAAUGUUGCAUAGUACUGGUCAGCCACUACAAAACCCUAAAAAGCUUGAAGAGGUAGCCUUACAUUUAUCGUAUGUUAUGAUUCGCAAUGGAUCAUUGGUUGUCGAUUUCUUUUUCGUUAUCAGCGGUUUCCUAACAUUUUAUUUUCUCUAUGAUGAGCUAGUCAACACAAAAAUCAUAAACGUACCAUUACUCUUGCUUUGGAGAUGGCUGAGAUUAAUGCCUGUGUACGGUUUAAUGAUAGCGUUUCAUACAUUUGUUUUAUUACACUUGGCUGAUGGUCCAUUAUGGAAAAAAAUAGCUAUUCAAGAAUCAGAUUACUGUCAAAAUAGUUGGUGGAGCAAUCUUCUGUUCAUAAAUAACUACGUACACGCCGACCGUCCAUGUAUUAUUCAAUCGUGGUAUUUGGCGUGUGAUAUGCAAUUCUUCAUCGCCGGUAUCAUACUUGUGUAUUUUGUGUGGAAAUACCAAAAGUAUGGAGUCUACUUAAUGUGGGCUACGAUAUUUCUGUCGUGUCUGAUCCCGGCUUGUGUCGUAUAUACUCAUCAGUUUUAUCCAACAUUUUUGAGUAAUAUUUCGAUCUUAAAUUAUCUACCAGAUCACCAAAGUUACACAAUGUUAUAUGUACCUAGUCACACAAGAUCGACACCGUACUUCGUGGGUAUAUUUGCGGCAUAUGUGUACCGGUACUUGAAGCUCGAUAAACCGAAGUUUCGUUUUCCGUAUUCGAAAACUUUGAUGACGAUACUCAUUACACUCUAUCCAUUAUUUCUAAUGACCAUCCAAGUGUUUUACGUUCACGAAUACAAUUUAUGGCUAAGCGUGAUAUACACGUUCAUGUACCGAAUGGUGUUCGCUACGAUUGUCUCCAUAUUUAUAAUAAUAUCCGCCAUAAAUGGAUUUUUUAAAGGUUUGUGGAUACGAAUAUUUAUACCAUUAAGUAAAUUAACAUAUGGAGCAUAUUUGGGAGGGCUAUCAUUGCAAUUACUUCAAGUAGCAUCGAUGAGAUCACCAACAUAUUACAAUGAUAGUCUUUUGGUAAGUAAUGAAAUUAGUAAAUAA